GUCGAGUGUCUGUGUGUGUUUGUGUUCGGCUUUCCAGACGCGUGUUUCUGCUCUCCGUCAUGAGUGGUGUGUGUGUUUCUCGGUGUCACUCGGACUGACUGCUGUCGCUGUGGUAUGGAGUCUCCGGCAGCGGUGGACGAUGACAUCUGUAUCCUGAAGCAUGAGUCUGCGUACGGUGCGGUGGAGAGCCCGGUGUCGGUGUGUGCCGGAGACGAGUCUGUGGCGUCGCACUUCGCUCUGGUCACGGCCUACGAAGACAUCAAGAAGAGACUUCGAGAAACCGAGAAGGAGAACGGCCUGCUGCGCCGCCGCGUCAAACAGCUGGAGGACAAGCACUUCCGUCCUGAAGCUCCUCCGUCUGAAGGGCCGCAGUACAUGAAUAAAGCCUUCAGUGCGUAUCGAGGAAUCUACAUGGAGAAGGAGGAUCUGCAGCUGGAGCUCAAUAGAGUGAAAAAAGAUAAGCAGGAUGUGGAGCGGGUCCUGACGGAGCAACUGCAGGCCAAAGAGCUGGAGCUGCUGCAGCUGCGCUCCGAGAUGGAGACCAGCCAAGUGAUGAAGAGUCUGACUGCGGAUACGUCCGAGUAUUGGCACGUGGACCGACACAGCAGUGAACUGAAGAUCCAGAACCUGCAGGAGCAGCUGGACAGACUGCAGCUGGAGAACAACACACUCAACAAACUCUACAGAGACACACAGAACGCUUCAGAAAACUGCAUCGCUCAUGAGGAUCAAUCCCAUAAUACUCUGACUGACAUCAGGUCUCUGGCAGUGGUUCAGUCGUAUCAGGACGUCCUCAGUGAAGUGUGUUGUCUGCGGUCAGCGGUCAGAUCUCAGUCUGAGCUCAUGAGGAGACUGAAGGACAGACCUCUGCUGCCUGCCUUUAGGAGAGCUGCUUCAACUGUUCCAGUGCAGUGUCUGGACGAUGUGGAGCGGGUCCGGGACUCGACUCCGCGCCCCCCCAGUGCUCCUCCGCUGGCCUCACAGGACCUGAUUGAGAGCACCCCGCUGCGCAUGAGUUCUCUGGACGACAGCUCCUGGUCCUUCCCGAGUCCUCCCAGACCCAGCGAGGCGCUCUUCUGGAGCCCGGCGGCAGACUGAGGGCCGCCCCGCACCGCACUGCCUUACCGCACACACACACACACACACACAGCUCAACACACACUCUUGAUUACGCACAACUCAACACACUCGCGUUAUGUUUUACACAGAUGAGUUCCUGGAACCCGUGUGUCCAUCCUCACUCUCUGCUGGAGGUUUCUCUCGGGCUGUUCUUCAUCAGUGUUUUGUUGUUGGUGCGACUUUAAAACUGUUUUGUUUCCCCAAAUCAGAGGAUUUUGCUGCAGGUCUGAAUUUGACGAUGAUUUUUCAGAGCAAAUUUUUCCUUCUUACUGCGUUUCUGUUGUUGUUUUCUUCUCUUCUUCAUCAUUUGGGUUAGUUUGUUUGUGUGACUCCAGGAAGGUGUCCUGACUCUCUGCUGGAGAUUUGCUCACUCGUCCGCUGUUUUCUCGCUCUUUUCCUUUUUUUGCUGAUGAAUUUCACUUUUUGUUUUAAACUUUAAAAUUCUACAUUUUGUUUGUUGGUGCAACUUUUAAAUGUACAUUUAUUUGGUGCAGCUUUACAUUUCUUUUUUAAUUCCUAUGACCGUUCUGCAACAUAAAAUAAAACUUUUAUUAUUUUUUUUUACUGAAAUCAAAAACUAAAACUGCUAGUUCAGAUUUAUUUGUGGCAACUUGAAAAUUCUACAAAUUUGAUUAAUUUAAAACGCAGUUCUGACUUUUUUGCUGUAAUUGUGAAUUUGUCAUCAUUUUAUAGCAGUUUUUUUUCAUUCUUAAUUAAUUUUUGUAGUUUUUUUUACAGACUCGUGUCAGUAAGCCUUCCUCACUCUGCUGCAGUUUUCUCUCUUCUGGACUUUUUUUCAUCAAUUUUGCAACUAAAAUUCUGAUUCGUGUUGAUCAGAUUUCUUUAAAAUUCUGAAUUUUCAUUUUAGAAAAUUUUAAAUUUUUAUUGUUUUUUUUUUCUCCUUUCUUUUCGCCCAAAAUGAUCAAUUGGCUCAAUUUGUAGGUGCCCCACAGGCUGCUGGAGCUCUGAUCGCUCUCCACUGCAGCUCAGUCUCGCACUCCUCACCCUGAGUUCAGAUUCUGCAUGUUGUUUUUGCUGCAACUUUAAGAUUCUGAUUUAGUUGCUGAAAUUUUACAAUUAUUUUUUACAUUAAACUUCACUUUUGUUUUGUUUUGUUGCUUCAGGUUAAAUGUUUUUUUUUUUUUUGCUGGUUUAACGUUAAGAAUAUAUUUUUGUGCAAUUUUAAAAUUCUGAUCAUUAUUAUUAUUUUUUUUUCUUAUAAUUUCUUUGGUGCAACAUUAAACUUCACAUUUGUUUUGUUGCUUCAGCUUGAAACUUUAAAAUCUUUUUUUUUGUGCAACUUUAAAAUUCAGAUUUUAUUUUUUUUGCAACUUUUUUGCUGCAAUUUCCUUUAAUUGCAGCUUUUUCAUAUUAUUUUCACAGUUGUGCGCUUUCACCUUUACAUUUUUAUCCUGAGUUUUACCCUUGAUUUUUGCAAUUGCAACUUAAUCUCGAUUUCUAAGAUGUCUUAGAAGUCUUAAAGUUGCAUCUUUUUAAUGUCUUCUUGCUGACUUUGCAGAUUCACACUAAAGCUUGUCUGAAGUUGUGACGAGCAUUUCUGUUUUUAAACACCGAUAAUAAAUCCAUGGCAGAGGCAGUGCUCUGUAGUGGCUGAUCUGCUGUUUCUGAGCUCUGCUGCUCUUGUGUAGAUGGUGAGGAGGAUGUUGAGCUGUGAGCUGGACUCUUCAUCAGUGUCUGAAACUGUGCUGUGAACAAACAGACCCAAUAAAGCUUCACACAGGUUCCAGAUUUUACACUCGCAA